UACAAACCAGUACACUCCGAGCUUCAUUCAAGUCUCUACCAAUUUCAAAAAUUAUUUAUUGCGAGUUUUAGUGACCUGCUGUAAUGGCUAGUGCUAACGAUAAUUUGCUGUUACUAUUCCAAAACCCAAACGAACCACUGUUCACCGAAAAGGACAAUGGAAAGACUGUCAUCGAAAUGCCAGCCGAAUUCUAUACGGAUCGCUAUCGUCCCUUGGGUGAUGUAUUAUCCACACGAUUCGGAGAAGAUGCCACAAACAAGGUUGUAUUGAAGAAGUUGACAACGUUCCCCGAUCUCUCAUUCGCAUCCACUUUAAGCAAAGAUGGAGCAUUUUCAUUGUUCAAUCGUAUUCACAAAGAAAUGGCUGGAAAAUUGAUCAAAAUUUUCAUGGAUCAACCAGACGCUACCACAUUGAUGUCGUGUGCUGCCUAUUGCAAAGAUCGUGUUAAUGUUGACUUGUUCCAAUACUCAUUGUCCGUGGCAGUUCAACAUCGAGCCGAUACGAAGAAUAUGACAUUGCCAUCGAUUGUGGACAUGUUUCCCGAUAAGUUUGUGGAUCCAUCUGCGUUUCCGAAGGCUAGAGAAGAAGCGUCGCUUGUACCUGACGAGAACCGACAGAACAUCAAAAUUCCAUUGGAAUUCACAUCGAGCGACAAGGAAAUCGAACAGAAAAUGGCAUAUUUUCGUGAAGAUAUUGGAGUCAACAUGCACCAUUGGCACUGGCAUUUGGUUUAUCCCGCACUAGGCCCGGAAAAUGUUGUCAGAAAAGAUCGUCGAGGAGAAUUGUUCUACUACAUGCAUUCUCAAAUCAUCUACAGAUACAACGUCGAAAGAAUUUGUGCUCGCAUGGAGAAGGUGAAACCGUUGGCUAACCUUCGGACUGAGAUAAAAGAAGCCUACUUUCCGAAAAUUAUUCGCAGCAAACUCAAUCGAGCUUUUCCACCUCGCGUUGCAAACAUGACCUUGCAAGACGUGAAUCGUUCGGAAUUUGUUGUUGAAGUUGCCGAUCUGGAACGGUGGAGAGAUCGUGUCUAUCAAGCUAUCGACCAGAAACAAAUCACUGAUUCGAAUGGCAAAAUAGUCUCUCUGAACGGGCCAGAUGGCAUAGACAUUUUGGGUAAUAUCGUUGAGUCGAGUGCGUUAUCGGCGAAUCCGUCGUUCUAUGGCGAUUUGCACAAUCAAGGUCACAUCCUUAUCUGUUUCAUUCACGAUCCGGAGCAGAAGUAUUUGGAAGAGUUUGGCGUAAUGGGCGACGUUGCUACUGCAAUGAGAGAUCCGAUUUUCUACCGUUGGCAUGGCUUUGUGGACACCAUAUUCCAGCGAUACAAGAGACUUUUACCGAACUACUCGGUAGAAACUGAACUCGCCUAUGCAGGAAUCACAGUGUCGUCGGUAAAUGUUCAGAUCACCAAAGGAAAGAACGCCAGGCCCAACACUCUGUUGACAUUCUGGCAACGUUCAGAAGUAGAUCUCAGCACCGGUUUAGACUUUGGACCGGAAGGAAACGUUUACGCUCAAUUCACGCAUCUUCAGCACGCACCAUUCGAGUACAAAAUUAACGUUGAAAACAACUCAAGAGCCCAGAAAAUCGGAACGUGUCGCAUUUUCAUGUGCCCGAAGAACGACGAACGUGGACAGCCAUUUGUGAAAUUCGAAGAUCAACGCUUGCUGAUGAUCGAAAUGGAUCGCUUUACCGUGUACUUAAAUCCGGGCCAAAACUUAAUUCGUCGUCGUUCCGACGAAUCAAACAUUACCAUACCUUACGAAAGAUCGUUCCGUAACAAACGGCCACCAAGUGAUCCACUCGCAAAAGCUCAAUUUUCAUUCUGUGGAUGUGGAUGGCCCCAACACAUGCUACUUCCGAAAGGAUCCGAAGAAGGCACCAAAUUCAAAAUAUUCGUCAUGAUUUCCAACUUCGAAAUGGAUCGUGUCGCUCAGCCAGAUUUGAAAAAUCCGUGCAACGAUGCGGCCGUGUUUUGUGGAUUAAAAGAUCAGAAGUAUCCGGAUAAAAGGAAUAUGGGUUUUCCAUUCGAUCGUCCACACAAAGCGGCUAAAUUGGAAGACUUCAAAAAUUUGGCAACUAACAUGGCCCUUGGAGAGUGUGAGAUAAAGUUCACCAAUGCUAUCAUCAAUCGACAGUAAAUUUCAAAUUUUAAUUCUUUCUAUCUUCUUACUAUGCUACCCUUUCCCAUUUUAUGCAAAUUAAAAUAUUGUCACACUGCAUUCCAUUUGUUUUAUCAAAAU